GGCGCGGCGCGGUGCCCACGUGUGGCGGCGGGACGGGCGGACAGAGGGACGGCAUGUCGGUGUCGGUGGCCGCGGGCAACCUGCCCAUGCGGCUGCUGCGCAGGAAGAUCCACAAGCGCAACCUGAAGCUGCGGCAGCGCAACCUGCGGCUGCGGGCGGCCGAGGGGGCAGGCGAGGCGGCCUCGCAGGGCUCCCCGGAGGAGGCGGAGGAGGCGGCGGCGGCCCCGGAGGUGGAGGCGGCGGCGGCCGCAGCCCGCGGCGGGGAGGAGGAGGAGGAGGAGAAGAAGAAGAAAAAGAAGAAGAAAAAGAGGAAAGCGGCGGCUGAUGCGGAAGGUGAUACAGAAACUAAAAAAGCCAAAACUGAAGAAGCUGAAUCUGUCCAGGUAGAAGAUGAAGAUAAGCAGGAUUCUGGAGAGAAAGAAGUGGAAGAGGAAGAGGGGGAGGAGGAGGAGGACGAAGUGCCCAGCUUACCACUGGGUGUAACAGGUGCUUUUGAAGACAAUUCUUUUGCUUCCCUGGGUGGUGUUGUCAGUGAGAAUACUUUGAAAGGCAUAAAUGACAUGGGCUUUACGCACAUGACUGAAAUUCAGCAUAAAAGUAUUAAGCCACUUCUGGAAGGCAGGGAUAUUUUGGCAGCUGCAAAGACAGGCAGUGGCAAAACACUCGCGUUUCUUAUUCCUGCAGUAGAGCUCAUCUACAAGCUAAAAUUCAUGCCUAGAAAUGGAACGGGUGUUAUUAUUCUCUCUCCUACCCGAGAGCUUGCUAUGCAAACCUACGGAGUUCUUAAAGAACUUAUGAACCAUCAUGUUCACACCUAUGGUCUGAUAAUGGGGGGCAGUAACAGAUCAGCAGAAGCACAGAAACUUGGAAAUGGAAUCAACAUCGUUGUAGCAACACCAGGAAGACUGCUGGAUCAUAUGCAGAACACUCCAGGUUUCAUGUAUAAGAACUUGCAGUGUUUGGUAAUUGAUGAGGCAGAUCGUAUCUUGGAGGUUGGAUUUGAAGAAGAAAUGAAACAGAUCAUAAAACUUCUACCAAAGCGCAGACAGACCAUGCUUUUUUCUGCUACGCAAACCAGAAAGGUUGAAGAUCUGGCAAAGAUCUCUCUGAAGAAAGAGCCACUAUAUGUUGGGGUUGAUGAUAACAAGGAGACAGCAACAGUAGAUGGUCUUGAACAGGGGUAUGUAGUGUGUCCGUCUGAGAAAAGAUUCCUUUUGCUCUUCACAUUCCUCAAGAAGAACCGAAAGAAGAAACUAAUGGUAUUUUUUUCUUCAUGUAUGUCUGUGAAGUACCACUAUGAAUUACUCAACUAUAUCGACCUGCCUGUUUUGGCCAUUCAUGGCAAGCAGAAACAAACCAAACGUACUACAACAUUUUUCCAGUUCUGUAAUGCAGAGUCUGGAAUACUGCUGUGCACUGAUGUAGCUGCAAGAGGACUGGAUAUUCCUGAAGUUGACUGGAUUGUCCAGUAUGACCCUCCAGAUGAUCCAAAAGAAUAUAUUCAUCGUGUUGGCAGAACUGCCAGAGGCAUAAAUGGUAGAGGACACGCUCUGCUCAUUUUACGGCCAGAAGAACUGGGCUUCCUUCGCUACCUUAAACAGGCCAGGGUGCCACUAAGUGAAUUUGAAUUUUCCUGGUCAAAAAUUUCAGACAUCCAGUCUCAGCUGGAGAAACUGAUUGAGAAGAACUACUUCCUUCACAAGUCAGCUCAGGAAGCAUACAAAGCUUACAUUAGAGCUUAUGACUCCCAUUCUCUGAAGCAGAUCUAUGAUGUCAAUAACUUGGAUCUUCCCAAAGUCAGCCUUUCGUUUGGUUUUAAAGUUCCUCCAUUUGUUGACCUCAAUGUCAACAGCAACCAUGGCAGAAGACUACAGAAAAGAGGUGGAGGUGGGGGAUUUGGUUACCAGAAAUCAAAGAACGUCCACAAGGCUAAAAUCUUCAAAAACAUUAGCAAGAAAUCGGAUCAUCGGCAGUUCUCUCGUUAAUCAUACGUUCAUGAACAUGGCUUGUGGCAUUGGAAUAGACCACCUUGAUCAAAACCAUCUGGCAGUUACUUCUAAUUUAAACUGCUGUAUUCACGUUUCUAGAGGUCUUUAUGGUUUUGUUUCUGGGAACAUCUUUUGUUUGUCAGUUCAGGAAGGCUCUUUGGAAAAGAGACUAGAGAUAGAAGGGCAGAAUAUGGCUGCUAAUUUUGCUAAGGAAGAAGAUAGUUGAAUAUAAUUAUAUUAAGUCAAUAUUACAGAGUUUUUUAUUAAAAAAUGAAAAAAUACCUCUAGGUUUUAUAGAAGAAUUUGCUUACAUUUACCCUUUUUCUAUAUUCACCUUUGGAAAUUGCUGGAGUAAAUGCAAGGACUGAUUACAAUGUGAGACUAAAAAAAAUAGAUUUCCUCACAUGAAUGAUUGCAAGGGUUUUUCGUGCUACAGAACUCUGUUUUGUCCCUCAGACAUGCUAAAAAAUAUAGGAAGAUGCCUUUAAAACACAACAUCCUUAUGAAUAAUUAAGACUGUAUGAGUUUGUGAUCAAUUUCAGUCAUGGUAUUUGUGAUAGAGGUACAGUGUCCAAAAUCUUUAAAAAAAUUCUCUUACGCCACAUCUGGGACAUGCUGAAUGCUGUUUGGCUUAAUGUUAUGAUAAAAUGGUAACAUUCUAGUGAAGUGUUUGGUUUUCUUUCAUGUUCUCUUUACAUCUGAACUUCACCCAUCUUCUAAUGUCUAAUGUACUCUUAUGAAUAUGCAAAGAAAAUUAAGAAAAGCAGAUCACGUAAAUUGAAGCGCUCAGCCCACGUGGUUUUUAAAAUGGUCCAUAACCAUGAUGCAGUGAGAAUUUUUGCAGUUGUACCUUGUAAAUUACAAAGGUGAAUUGCUUCUUAGUCCUCGUUUGUCAGAUCAGUGAUGGGCAAAGUCAAAGAUAACACCAUGGCAUUGAGGGGGUGGAGAGACUAGAAAAGCAAAAUGGGCUAUAAAUAGACUAGGAGGAUAUUUUGAGACUGAAAUGGAAGAGAGUGGGAUGCACAUUGCGAACAGUGCUAAGUAAAAAUAGAAGACACAAAUUGGGCAAAAAUAGAUUAACUACAUUACUGUUUUCAUAUCUCUACCAUUGUAGAAGUAGGUAGCUAUUCUUAGGCUACAGUGGUGGUGGGUGAUAGUGUUUCAGAAAUGUAUAUCCAUCAGUGCAGGGAAAGACUAAAAUACCACAGAAUCCAGAAAUCUGGGGCUUGUGUGAUUACAGUAAAACAGCUUUUCAUUUUCAUAUACAUGUAACUCAGGACCAAUAAUGAAUACAAAAGCACAUGUAGUUAUUCCAAUGUAAAAUGGGUGUUAUUCCUUAGGUCUCUUGAAGUAGCAAGUCAGAUUUAAAGCUUUGAUAUGUGCACUGAGGUAUUGCAGAAGAACACUGGCAAACUUUCUUUUCACCCUUAGAGAAACUUAAAUUUAUUUUUUUUAAAUAGUAUGACCAUUCUGUUUCUAGUGCUUCCACCAUUCAGAACUUAGGAGUGUUGCCUUUUUUACAUUUUCUUGUGAAACAGCUGGCUCAGCCCUAAUGGACCAUUCAAUACUUUUAUUUUACGAUGGUCAGAUACUAGGAACUUCUGAUAUGUCAAAAUGUUUAAAUUAAUUUUGUAACUAGGAUUUGAAUGUCUUCAUUCUUCCGGGGCUGCAAUGAAAAAGCAAAAUCUGCUCUGCAGGGUAAGCAGUACUAAGUACAUGUUGCCUGGCUCAUUGAGUUCUCAUCUUUGAUUCUGGGUUUGCUUAUAUAUUUCUAAAUAAUAGAUGUCAACUAUAGUUCUCAUGUCUGUUUAUUAAUAGCAUAUUUUAAGAAUUAUCUCUUGAGAUCUACAGAAUCAAGCAGUUGAAACUUUCUGUACACACCUGCAAGCUGUGCAGACACAGAAUGGGAAUUAACGUGCAUUAUAGUGAUACUUGACAGUAUGGGAAUUAACGUUACAGUGAAACUAACUGAGGAGCUCAUUAGAUGAUCUGCAAAAUUAAGUACUUAAAAAGAGAUGUAAGCAAAGCUGGAUUAAAGCUCUGUAAAGAUGA